CCUCGGUGCCCUCCAACAGAAGAACACUCUCUCUCAGAAGCCAAUGAGCUCAGAGCAGGUCUAUCACACUGUUGCGGUGCUGGCAGCCCGCGGUGUGUGUCGGUGCGUGUGUCGGGACGAGGUGGCCCAGCAGCUGGAGUGGGUGUUGCUAGAUGCCCACUUUGCCCUCCUCCAGAGCCUCAUUCAGCAAAAGAAGGCUGCUGGGUUGACUCAGGGUCAGGGCAAACAGGGAGAGACAGAGAGACAGGCCUGGGUGGCCAAGAGGUGUCAGGCUCUCACAGGUCUGAUCCGCCUCACCUCCAUCCCCGCCUGCAGGGAGCUGAUGGACAUGCAAGAGAAGGUCUGCCAGAUCGCCGUGGUAACGACUCCUCGUGACAGCCACGCGCUGUGUCUCCUGGGGCUGGCCCAGCUGGCUCAGUGUGACAACGACCACGGCUCACAGAGGUUAGAAGGAGCCAUUGCCAACGCCUGCCUCAGCUUCCAGGCAAGCAUCGAACUGGAGGACAAGCCUCAGAGCGGAGAGCCACCCACACAGCUCACUAAGCAGCAGUGGUGGCAGGACAGGCUGGCAGCAGACAAGGAGAAGGCAGUCAAGGGGACAGCCAGCCAGGGAGCGGGCGGGGGUGGUUCUGGGCCUCCUGACACUGCAGUGGCUGCCGGGAGAGGAUGUGGGCGUGGCAUGGGAGGUCCUGCUAGAGGGGGUACUGCGGCUGCAGCCAAGACCCCCACGAGAGGAGGCAAGACUGCCCCUCCAGCCAAAAACACCCCUUCUACUGCCCCUCCAGCCAAAAACACCCCCUCUACUGCCCCUCCAGCCAAAAACACCCCCUCUACUGCCCCUCCAGCCAAAAACACCCCCUCUACUGCCCCUCCAGCCAAAAACACCCCUUCUACGGCCUCUCCAGCCAAAAACACCCCCUCUACUGCCCCUCCAGCCAAAAACACCCCCUCUACUGCCCCUCCAGCCAAAAACACCCCCUCUACUGCCCCUCCAGCCACCGUGUCUCCAUCCAGCAGGGGGCAAGUUGGAGCAGCCAAAACUCCUGGCCCUGCCAAGCCCAGCAGCUCCAAGACCCAGCUCAUCUCCCCCAGCAAGUCUAAACCAGACUGCUCCCCAAGCCCAGCCAAACCUGGGCCCACAGAAGAGUCAGCAGUGGCAGAGAGUGUCAACGUUCUCCCCAAAGCUCUGUUGAACCGUCGAUCCCAUGCCCCUCGCCUCGGCUUGGCCCGCGCCCUCUCCCGCUCCGCAGACAGCCACGACCAGGCACACCAGCUCUACCAGGAGGUCAUCACCAUGGCACCAGAGGUCCACGAUGCGUACAUUGAGCUGGCAGAGAUGCUGGGGCAGUCCGACCCGCUGGCUGCUGUAGAGGUGUACUGUCGGUUCCCCCUGAAGCCCGUCUCAGAGCAGAACUUUGACGACGCCUUCAUCACAGGAGAGAUCGUACGCAUCCUGAUGAAACAAGGCCUCUACGAGCACCCAGAGCUGAGACACAACCUCAUCGCCUACGGGAAAGUCAUGGGCCUGGGUUGCCUUGAGAAAUACAUCAACAUCCUCGAAGGGAAGUUCAUGAGCAGCCUUCUGAAGAGAGUGUAUGCUGGGAUCCAUGACAAAUCAGUGGAAGACAAGGAUCUGCAGGACUUCUUCAAGUUCAAGUGCUGGAUAUGAACUUUCCUUUUAUAAAGAGACGGGCUGUUUAUUCCUUGAUCAAAGUAUGAAUGUAUCUCUUUAGACCAAUCGGCUAGUCGCAUCAUCUUUAGACCAAUCGGCUAGUCGCAUCAUCUUUAGACCAAUCGGCUAGUCACAUCAUCUUUAGACCAAUCGGCUAGUCGCAUCAUCUUUAGACCAAUCGGCUAGUCGCAUCAUCUUUAGACCAAUCGGCUAGUCGCAUCAUCUUUAGACCAAUCGGCUAGUCACAUCAUCUUUAGACCAAUCGGCUAGUCGCAUCAUCUUUAGACCAAUAGGCUAAUCACAUCAUCUUUAGACCAAUAGGCUAGGCACAUCAUCUUUAGACCAAUAGGCUAGUCACAUCAACUUCAGACCAAUAGGCUAAUCACAUCAUCUUUAGACCAAUAGGCUAGGCACAUCAUCUUUAGACCAAUCGGAUAGUCACAUCAUCUUUAGACCAAUAGGCUAAUCACAUCAUCUUUAGACCAAUCGGCUAGUCACAUCAUCUUUAGACCAAUCGGCUAGUCACAUCAUCUUUAGACCAAUAGGCUAGUCACAUCAUCUUUAGACCAAUCGGCUAGUCACAUCAUCUUUAGACCAAUCGGCUAGUCACAUCAUCUUUAGACCAAUAGGCUAGUCACAUCAUCUUUAGACCAAUCGGCUAGUCACAUCAUCUUUAGACCAAUCGGCUAGUUACAUCAUCUUUUAGACCAAUCGGCUAGUCACAUCAUCUUUAGACCAAUAGGCUAGUCACAUCAACUUUAGACCAAUCGGCUAGUCACAUCAUCUUUAGACCAAUCGGCUAGUCACAUCAUCUUUAGACCAAUCGGCUAGUCACAUCAUCUUUAGACCAAUCGGCUAGUCACAUCAACUUUAGACCAAUCGGCUAGUCACAUCAACUUUAGACCAAUCGACUAGUCACAUCAUCUUUAGACCAAUCGGCUAGUCGACAGAGUGAAACAUCUGUCGUUGUACCCUUGAGCAAGGCAGUUAACCCCCGCCCCCCGACACACACACAACAACAGCUUCCCAGGCGACCAAUCUGGCAGUCCCCCGCACCUCUCCGAUUCAGACGGGUUGGGUUGAGAGCAUAAGUCAGGUUUCGGUUGGACCUUGUGUAAUUAACGAUUUUUAAAAAUACAUGUAAUUCCUCCAUAAAGAAUAUGAACUGUUACUAUUCCUUGGGUUGUGACGACACUAGGAAAUAUAAUUAAUAAAUAAAUAUAAUUCACUGCAAAUGAGACGUGUUAAAAUACCCAGUUCAAAAUAAGACAAUACUUUGAUCGUUUUCUCAAAAAGGCCAUUUAAAUCUGGACCACUUCAUCCCCAGUAGACUGUUUUCUAGCAAAGUCACAGUAAUAACAGCAGUAGACUGUUUUAUAACAGUCACAGUGAUAACAGCAGUAGGCUGUUUUAUAGCAGUCACAGUGAGAACAGCAGUAGACUGUUUUCUAGCAAAGUCACAGUAAUAACAGCAGUAGACUGUUUUAUAACAGUCACAGUGAGAACAGCAGUAGACUGUUUUAUAACACAGUCACAGUGAGAACAGCAGUAGACUGUUUUAUAACAGUCACAGUGAGAACAGCAGUAGACUGUUUUAUAACACAGUCACAGUGAGAACAGCAGUAGACUGUUUUAUAACACAGUCACAGUAAUAACAGCAGUAGACUGUUUUAUAACAGUCACAGUGAGAACAGCAGUAGACUGUUUUAUAACACAGUCACAGUGAGAACAGCAGUAGACUGUUUUAUAACACAGUCACAGUAAUAACAACAGUAGACUGUUUUAUAACAGUCACAGUGAGAACAGCAGUAGACUGUUUUAUAACACAGUCACAGUAAUAACAGCAGUAGACUGUUUUAUAACACAGUCACAGUGAGAACAGCAGUAGACUGUUUUAUAACAGUCACAGUGAGAACAGCAGUAGACUGUUUUAUAACACAGUCACAGUGAGAACAGCAGUAGACUGUUUUAUAACAGUCACAGUGAGAACAGCAGUAGACUGUUUUAUAACAGUCACAGUGAGAACAGCAGUAGACUGUUUUAUAACACAGUCACAGUAAUAACAGCAGUAGACUGUUUUAUAACACAGUCACAGUGAGAACAGCAGUAGACUGUUUUAUAACAGUCACAGUGAGAACAGCAGUAGACUGUUUUAUAACACAGUCACAGUGAGAACAGCAGUAGACUGUUUUAUAACAGUCACAGUGAGAACAGCAGUAGACUGUUUUAUAACACAGUCACAGUGAGAACAGCAGUAGACUGUUUUAUAACACAGUCACAGUGAGAACAGCAGUAGACUGUUUUAUAACACAGUCACAGUGAGAACAGCAGUAGACUGUUUUAUAACACAGUCACAGUGAGAACAGCAGUAGACUGUUUUAUAACACAGUCACAGUGAGAACAGCAGUAGACUGUUUUAUAACAGUCACAGUAAUAACAGCAGUAGACUGUUUUAUAACACAGUCACAGUGAGAACAGCAGUAGACUGUUUUAUAACAGUCACAGUAAUAACAGCAGUAGACUGUUUUAUAACACAGUCACAGUGAGAACAGCAGUAGACUGUUUUAUAACAGUCAC